AUGGAUGCCACUUUGAGCCGUCUCCUCGACAUUGCAUGGGACCGGUUCACCAAAGCCCCUGAGAACACACGGUUUUUAAUCGCCAUCGGCGGAAUCCCCGGUUCCGGCAAAACCACCCUCUCCCAACGCCUCACCACCGCCCUCAACGCCCGCCACGCCGCCCUCACCUCCCAACCCCAACAACCCCAACAACCCAUAGCCGCCUUCGUCCCCAUGGACGGCUACCACCUGACCCGCGCCCAACUCGACGCCCUCCCAGACCCCGCCACCGCACACGCCCGUCGCGGCGCCGAAUUCACCUUUGACGGCGCUAGUUUUGUGCAACUCGUCCGCCAGCUCAAACAGGAAGGGGAACCACUGACUGAGGCUACGCCGACGGUGUACGCGCCGUCGUUUGAUCACGCUGUGAAGGAUCCGAAGGAGGGGGAUAUUGCGAUUGGGGGGAGGCAGAGGAUUGUUGUUUUGGAGGGGAAUUACCUCCUUCUCGACACGCCGCCCUGGUCCCAAGCAAUCCCCCUCUUCUCACUCACGAUCUUUGUCUCCGUCCCACGAGCUACCGCCCGCGCUCGUCUAGCGUCUCGACAUGUCGCGGCUGGUUUAGUCACCACUCUCGCCGACGGUGACCGCCGCGCGAUUGAGAAUGAUCUUCCGAAUGGGGACGAGAUCUUGCAGAGGCGAGUGGGAAAGGUCGACGUUGAGGUGGAGAGUUUAGAGGAUGGGGGGUGGGUGUGA